CCCUCUCAUAAUUGAUAAAAACCAUGAUCACCAGAUCCCCCAAUUCUUAAACAAAAAAUCCAAUGUCAACCAAAUCUAACCCUUCUCAUGCAACUGGACUACAGAACAGAACAAUAUUCGUCACGGACAAAAUGCCCGGCAGGCCCCACACACCCCCUCCUCAGGCAGUGAGAAUAUUCUGCAGUCCCGUCGCAUGCGGUGGUCGCGCAACGUGUCUCCCCCUGCACAUGUCUAUGCCCUAAAGGCCGAAAUGACCCCUCCCCAUUUCUCCAUUACUAUUAUUAUUACUACAGUGCUCUCUCCUCUCCUCGUCCCCGUAGAGACCAGAAAAGAACGAAGAAGGAGAAGACUUUCGAAUAUUCCACGCUGGCUGUCUUCCCACGUGUUGCUUCGCCUUUCUCUUCAGAUUCGUCGCCGACCUUUCCUCUCCAAUUGUUCACAACAUGCAUCUCUCUCUCUCUCUCUCUUCCCUUUUCAGUUUUUAAUAUAUAAACCCUAGUGUGAGCUGAAAACAACGCAUUCUUCUUGUUUCUUGUUCCACCGAUGCUUCCUCUCUCCCUCUCUCUUCCCUAAACUUAUUCCUUCUCCGGCGGGCUCUGGUUCUGUGUGAAGAGUAAUUCCAAUCAGUGCAACUUGGGAGUUUGGGAUGGAGAUGAACUACAACUACGGCAGCGGCGGCCAAGAGAUCAGCUGUCCGUACGAGAAUGGGGUGAUGAUGACCAGAGACCCCAAGCCCCGGCUGAGGUGGACGCCGGAUCUUCACGACAGAUUUGUCGACGCCGUCACUAAGCUCGGUGGCCCUGACAAGGCCACUCCUAAGUCUGUCUUGAGGCUAAUGGGCUUGAAGGGAUUGACAUUGUACCAUUUGAAAAGCCAUUUGCAGAAGUAUAGACUCGGACAGCAAUCUCGGAAACAAAAUUCUGCAGAACAAGGCAGAGAGAACAAUGGGGAUUCAUUUGUACAUUUCAGUAAUCAUCAUUCCACAGGGUCUACCGCCAAAUCCUCAAGAGGUAAUGCAGAACAAGGAACAAUUCCGCUUUCGGAGGAACUUAAGUGUCAGAUUGAAGUACAGAACAGAUUACAAGAGCAACUCGAGGUUCAAAAGAAGCUGCAAAUGAGAAUAGAAGCCCAAGGGAAGUACUUACAAACUAUAUUAGAGAAAGCUCAAAAGGGCCUCUCUAUUGACAUGAAGGGGCCGAUUACUGCAGAAGCCACAAGAGCGCAAUUGACAGACUUCAAUUUGGCUCUAUCAAACUUCAUGGAGAAUAUGAGCGAAGAAGAGAGAAGAGUAAACAUAAUAGAGAUGAAUGAGGCUUAUAAGAAGAGCAAUGGUUCAACUUUCCAGAUUUAUGAAGAGGGGAAUAUUGGAGAAGAAAAUAAAGAUUCAAAGCUAAAGGUUGAGAGGGGUUCCAUACAUUUUGACUUAAAUACUAAAGGUAGUUAUGAUUAUGUUGGUACAAAUGGAACUGAAUUCGAACCACGAUGCUUUCGUUUACAAGAUAGUUCACUUUGAUGGCAAGCGUGUAACACUUUGUUGCUGCUUAUAUUAUAUCCAAAAUUACAGGGUGCUUAUAUUUUGUUAACACAAAAGAAAAAAGGAAAAUGGUUUUCGGUUGUUAUCGCUCAAUUGUGGUUGUAGUUUAUGGUUUUAAUCUGAUAUCCUAGCCAUUUUAAUGGAAGUAUAGUGUACCAACAUCGAGCACAGAUUUGCCUCUAUGCAUUUCAAUUUUCUGCAUUUGAAGACAUUUUCUUUUUCGUUAUUAUAGAGAUCGGAGACAUUUCGCGUGAGCUACUAAACUGCACCUUUCUAGGAUUAUCCCAUUUUGGUGGAGUAGGAAGGAUGAUGGAUGUCAUCGGUUGCUUUGAAAUAUAACUUUGCUUUGUAUUUUGACUCCAUGCAUUGGCAUUUUGAUCAUUUCAUGUUUCUUCUCUGGUUCGAAACCGAUCAUUUCCAUAUUUCUUCUUUGAUUUAGUCUACUCUUUAACCCAAUUUCUCACACUUUCUCACCACUUGGCUAAUCU